AUGAGUAUUCAGUUAGUCGACGAAGAAAAAAUCCCAGAGGCCAACGGCAUCACCGUGCCUCCAGCAGAAUUCCCAGCGCUUUAUAACUGGCCGACGACCAACGAAAAUGGCUACACUAUCAAUGAGGCCCCAUCAGGAACUUCUCGAAAAGUAAGAAUCAUCUGCGUGGGAGCUGGGGCCUCGGGCAUCAAUCUUGCCAAAUUUGCACAAGACCAGCUCAAGAAUGCAGAAGUGGUCAUAUAUGAGAAGAACGAGGAGGUAGCGGGGACAUGGUUUGAAAACAAGUAUCCUGGUUGCGCAUGCGACAUACCGAGCGUCACUUACCAGUUCUCGUGGGAUCCACAAAUAUGGUCUAAGUACUACGCCGAGGCUCCAGAAAUCUUCGCCUACUUCAAAGGCGUUGUGGAUAGGUUUAGCCUUUGGAAGUAUAUGAAAUUAAAGCAUGAAGUCCAGCACGCGCAAUGGAGUGCGGAGGCUGGUGUCUGGAAUGUGAGGAUUAAAGACCUCCACACCGGGAGAGAGAUGCAUGAUCAUUGCGACAUCUUCAUCAACGCCAUGGGCUUCCUCAACAACUGGAAGUGGCCGAAGAUAGAGGGGCUGCACUCGUUCAAAGGCGUUUUAACACACUCGGCUGCUUGGCCAAAUGAUCUAAAUUUGGAUGGCAAGCGGAUAGCCGUAGUAGGCAAUGGCUCGAGUGGUAUUCAGAUUGUUGCCAAUGUGCAAAAGCUGGCGUCGAAACUUUAUACCUGGGUUCGGACGCCGACCUGGAUGACGGCCGGUUUUGCGCAGAAAUAUGCCGGAGACAACGGCCGGAAUUUCGAAUACUCGGAAGAGCAAAAGAAGCGUUUUCGAGAGGAUCCAGAGUAUUACCUCAAAUACAGGAAGUCGGUCGAGGUUGAGAUGGUCAAAGGGUUUUACGUCUUCCACAAGAACACUCCGGACUCCAUGGCGGCGUUGAAGUUUGCUCACACAGAAAUGCGGAAUCGCUUGAACGGCCAAAAGAGGCUUGCAGAUGCGCUUAUACCGAAAACGUUUCCAGUUGGUUGCAAACGGCCCACGCCCGGCAAUGGUUAUCUGGAGGCCUUGUUGGAAGACAAUGUGCACGUUUAUUGUGAAGGAGGACUGACACAGGUCACCGAAAAGGGCUUCCUCGAUCCGGAAGGCGUAGAGCAAGAAGUCGACGUGAUUAUAUGUGCGACCGGUUUCGACACAUCCUGGGUCCCUCGAUUCCCAAUCAUCGCCAACGACGUCAACCUACAGGAUUUGUACUCGAGCAAACCUAUCGGCUAUCUUGGUGUGGGUGCGCCCAGGAUGCCCAACUAUUUCACCUUCUAUGGCCCUUACGGGCCUCUCGGUCAAGGCAGUGCAAUGCCCAUGAUCGAGCUGUUUGCUUCAUAUAUCAUGAAGGCUAUACAAAAGAUCCAGUUUGAAGAUAUCAAGAGCAUCACACCAAAGACAGAAAUAAUCGAUCAGUACGCCGAACACACCGACCUUUUCAACCGAAGAACGGUAUACGAUGCUCCCUGUCGCAGCUGGUUCAAAGGAGGUACAUAUGAUGGCAGAAUAAUGCUACACCCCGGCACAAGGUUACAAUACAUGGAACUGCUCAGCUCGCCCCGGUACGAGGACUACGACAUCAAGUACAGAAACGGAAAUGCAUGGUAUUGGCUGGGGAAUGGAUUUUCAAUGCGAGACCUGGAUGGCCGUGAUCUGACGCCAUAUCUGGGUCUUGUGGACAACCUUGAUGAACAGAGGGACUACGAUGUAUAA